UGUAACUAAUUUUGUUCACCUAUUUUACAUCUAAGUUGUGUAAAGGGACAUAAACCUAUGGGCAGUACAUUCACUUGAAUAACAAAGACAGUACCCAAACUCGUAAUAUAACCAAAAUAAGGAAAAUUGGAGUAAAAUUAUGGCCCAACCCUAACCUGGUACACACACUAUGGGAGUACCUAUUUUUCAACAAUGAAACAUUACUAGUCAGUUUAGUAACUGGUGAAAUGCCGUUGGUACUCAGGCUCAAAUAUUUCUGAGAUUAAGAUGAUACCAAAGCAGACUAGACCUAACUUUCACAGUUAUGUAAUAUCUAUUAAUAUGUAUAUAGCAUUCAGCAUCAUUUACUAUAUUCCGUCAAUAUAUUUUAUUUUUCUCUUUGUAGUGGACAAAUCUAAAAUGGAGCUUGAGCUUAAAUGUGAUAAGAACAAUCGCAUAUGGAAGGUUUUCCAGCGACUCGACAGAUUGAGAAAAGAUAAAGAUCGUUGUGAUGUUCUAUUCAAGGUUGGAUCUAAUGAAAUCCUGGCUCAUAAGAAUGUGUUGUCUGCGAACUCGGAUUAUUUUGAUAAGAUGUUUGCGCAUGACACGAAGGAAAAUCAAUCAGGAAUAUGUGAAAUGAAAGAAGUUGAUGCAUUUUGUGUUAAAAAAUGUGUUGACUACAUGUACAGCUGUGAAAUUGCGGCUCCAUUUGAAAAACUUGGUGAUUUAUUGCAUGUUGCCACAUUAUUGCAACUUGAUGAAGUUUGUAGCGGAAUCGUGGAACUUCUUGAAACAAAUCUGAGUCCAGAAUCAGUAUUUGAAACCAGAAAAGUUUCCAAAAUGUUCAGUCUGACAAAUCUUGAAGAAAUAUGCAACCAAUUCAUUUUGGAUAAAUUUGAAGAAAUCUCAAAGGUCGAUGAUUUUGGUUUGCUUGUUAAAAAGGAAUUUGUAAACAUGAUAAAAUCAGAAGAAUUAAAAGUUUCAGAGGAUGUGAAGCUCAAUGCUGUAUUCAACUGGAUUAAGUUUGAUUCCAGAAGUCGUAAAAAAUUUGCAGACGAUCUGAUUGGAUUGGUUGAUUUAUCCAAACUGUCUCUUGGGUAUCGCAGACAUGUCAUCGCUAAUGAAGAUAUUGUCAGGAAAAAUGCUGAUUGUCUGUUCAAAUUCAGCAUGUCUGUGAUGGACUUUAUGAAUAUUACGCCAUCGAGCGUUGCUGAAAGUACGAGCAAAGAAGGCAUUGUCGUUUUUGAUGGAAAAUCUGGCUACUUGCAUUGUUAUAAUCCUGAAAACAACUCAUGGUUUCAAAUGCAAGAGAUGAAUGAAGAAAUGACGGAUGAAUGUUUCUCGGCUGUUUCUGUUGAUGACUUUAUUUAUGUUUUGAUGGAAAACAAGGCUGUUUACAGGCUCAAUUAUCUUGAUGAAGAUGCCACCUGGGAGAAAAUGGCUGAUAUGCUUGAAGAUCAUGGCCAGUAUCCACCAGCUGUUGUUUUGAAUAACAACAUUUAUGUUAUCGGGAGUUUUGAUGUAUAUUUAUAUAAUGAUAUUGAUGCUGUUGAGAAGUAUGAUCCCGAUUCAAACAUAUGGACAAGACUAAACAAUAUGUCACAACCGUUGGAUGGAUCAGGAUUGACAGUUUUUCCAAAAAGGAUUUGCUAUUUUGGGGGCUCCACAUCUGGACAGUUACUAAAUAUAGUCAAUCAGUUUGAUGCUGAAGCGGAUGUUUGGAAAAUAGUCGGUCAUAUGCCUGAGAAAAUGUCCAAGGUUGCAGUUGUAACAGUUGAUGAAAGUAUUUAUAUUCUUGGUGGCCUUGUUGAUGAUGAUGAUGAAGAUUGCUUCCAAUCCAUCAAAGCAGUUUGGCGAUUUGAUCCAAUAAGUAAUCACUGGCAAUCUCUAAAUCCAAUGCUUGUUGCUAGAUGUUGGUUUCAUGCCCAUGCAAUUGAGGGUUUUAUUUAUGCUGUUGGAGGAUGGCACAAACGUGAUAGUUUUGAAAAAUACAACAUUGCAAAGAAUAAAUGGGAGCUGAUUGCGAUACCAGAUGAAAUGAAAUUCAUGAUCCAGGAUUCAGUGAAAAUUAAAUUGAAAAACUAACUUUCUCAUCUUUAGCAUGAACUCGCGGGCCAAAAUGCUGUCUGCAAGGAAAAAUUGUGCGGCCCAAGAAGAAGUGCCAAUUUUAAAUGUUUGUGCCCGCGAAAUGAGUUUUUAGUUAGGUUAAAAUGGUACAGGCGAGAAAUUACAAUUUCGUUGGGCCUUUGCAUUGCGAAGCCUAUACCAGCACCUGAAUGCCACUGUUAUAUUAGCAAAACUGGUUAGCCAGAACUUGUUGCAAAAUACACAAUGUUAUAAAAACGUAUUUCUCACUAAAUUUGUUUGAAAUCUGAGUGACAAUAAAUUUGAAUAGCAAUUUUCUUCAGAGGUUUACGCGUGUUCAUUCAUCAUUUCUGCAAGAACCCCAACAAUGUCAUAAGAUCAAUAACAAAAAGAAACAAAUUAUUGUGCGUGCAACUACUAGAAAGGCUAUGUUAAAUAAAGGUGCAGCUCGCCACCACCAGUUACUUGUAUUUGGCACUCCCGUAGUAAAGGUUUGCCCUUAUUCAUUGUACAAAAUAUUGGCAUUUCUUCUCCAAUAGGUCUUUAUAACAGCCAUGAAAUAGUGAAGUAAAGUAAUCAGAGUUUUAAUUACAUAUUAAUUAUUAUUUUUUUCUUAUAGACUGGUGUAUGCUUUAUGCACACUGCAGAGCUCAAAUUGCGAUCAAAGUUCUCUGGCGAUUAUAGUUGUAUUUUCAUUAUGAAUUAACUGUCCUUGAAAAGUUUAUUAUAUGAAUAAAACAUUUAUAAAUUAUUCUUCCUAUUGAACAUUUAUUUAUCUUAAUUUAUAUAUUAUGCAAUAUUUUCAAUCCUAAUCACGUAUCUAUUCUACUGUAUUCACUUUGAUAAGUUGACCACUGUUUUAGAGGUUUUCAAAACCACCUCUGGUAAUCACUUGAGUGAAUCUAUUACGAAGUUGAGUAAUAUUGCUGUUAUCACACCCUCAAAAAUUUAUAGGGGCUCAAUUUUCAUUGUAAUUUUUUAUCUGCAAUAUAUUUAGUAAAAUUAUGAUUUCAUUUGCUGCUGUGUUUUAAUGGUUCGAAUGCCGCCUAUUUUACAAAUGUGUGUUCCAUUUAGUUUUGUCCUAAUUCUAUAUACCGUAUGUCAAUGUGCAAUGUUUUAAUCAGCACUGUUUUAUAUGUUUAAAUUUUGAGGUACCGGUAUAUUAUUCGGUGCUCCAGAAGUGUGUGUACCAAUAUGGAUGUAACUAAUUUUGUUCACCUAUUUUACAUCUAAGUUGUGUAAAGGGACAUAAACCUAUGGGCAGUACAUUCACUUGAAUAACAAAGACAGUACCCAAACUCGUAAUGAAACCAAAAUAAGGAAAAUUGGAGUAAAAUUAUGGCUUAACCCUUACCUGGUACACACACUAUGGGAGUACCUAUUUUUCAACAAUGAAACAUUACUAGUCAGUUUAGUAACUGGUGAAAUGUCGUUGGUACUCAGGCUCAAAUAUUUCUGAGAUUAAGAUGACACCAAAGCAGACUAGACCUAACUUCACAGUUAUGUAAUAUCUAUCAAUAUGUAUAUAGCAUUCAGUAUCAUUUA